GCCUCGGUAACGCUGUUGAGGCUGCUCAUUGCUUUUGUCCUUGGAGCUUCAGCGUUAUUAAUAGAUAGUGCGGCAUGUUAGUUCAGCAGACACCAAUGUUACUCAUAAAGGAAGACCACAGGCAUGGUUCGGUGACGAAGGCAGUCCUCCAGGUUCACUGUCAAUGAAGCACAGUACUAGCUCCCUAGAUCAAUGUCUACAGUUACACUAACACAAGUAUGCUCAUUACAAUGGACUCAGCUCAGUCAGCGGUGGGACUUUCUGCUGGCCCUGGGCUGGACAAAGGAUUAAGGUGAAGCACCCCAAUAUUUAUAGGCUGAAACAAACAACUGGAAUACACAACUUACACACCACAUUACAUAUUUUAUGACAUCUAUUUGUUAUCUCCCCUUGUUCCUGAUAUCUUGGACAAAACAUCCCUAUUCAUUAUUUUGUUAAACCAUCUUAUCUUGUACUAGAUUGGGAUGUAUUUGUACUAGCUGGAAUAUAUUUACGCAAAUAUCUAAUACCUAGUACACUAGCAACAACUUUGCCAAGUUCAUGUACUGGACAGUAAACUUGUGAGCAUCUACUUUAAUCCAUGGCCUGACUUUGGUUCGCAGUCUCUGGUUCAAGCCUCAGAUCUUGUAUCAGGCCCAGUGCUCCAGGAUAUCUCUCUCGCUCUCUGCUACAAGAUAGUUCUAGUUUUUCCAUACAUAUUGAAAGUGUGUUGAUUGAGACAGUGAAAAAUGGAAACCUAAGUCCACAAUCACCUGGAAUAGUGAAGAUCACAACAUUAAUUGACAAUGAAACUCUUUCACCAUUCAGUUCCCUAGAAGUUAAGGAACUGCAUAGUAAAAUAUCGCUCUCUUCCCCUGUUCUAUGGAUGCAUCACAAAGAAAGCGAUCUGUUGCCUGGGAAGAAUGAAGAAAUGUGCAUUUCUCAAGUUCACCUAGGGAAGAAGCAGUAAAUAUUUCCUCUUGGCCCAGCCUAUCCCUAGAGCUGUUUCCUCUUGACAAAGCCCAGCUCAGACUCUGUGAGUGCCCGCCCUGAGAUCAGUGCAGCUGCUAUAAAAGACCAAGUCACUGAGCUACCCUCACCAGCUGAGCAGAGAUGGCAGGGAUGAAGUCAGGGAUCCUCCUCUUCGGAUUCUUGGUGACCCUGAGCCUGUGCCAGGCAUCUGGAUCUUCCAUAAAUGAUAUCUUGGAGACGCUGCCAGAUCCAUUCUUUCUGAGCAGCACUAAAGAAGCCAAGGAGCUGGUGGAUGCUGCAUACAAGUACGAACGGGACAGAGCAAAGGCGGCAUUCCGGAAAAAGGACGUCAGCCCCUCAGAUAUCCUGAGACAUUUAAAGGAGCCAGUGGCAGGAACCAGGUCUGCAAUCCGAGUUGCCGAUUACAUGGAAACCACCCUGAGCCUCCUGAAGAAGAAGUUGCGUCGCGUGGUGAAAGGAGAGUUUAAUAUCACAGAUGUACUAAGUAGGAAGCAGAAGGAAAUUAUUUCCAAGGCAACUGGUUGUGACUAUCAGAUUCGUUCCAUUAAGUGCCCGAAGAGUAGCAUUUACCGGACCAUUACUGGAGAAUGCAACAACAGGAAACAUUCUUAUUUUGGAACUUCCAAUCAAGGAUAUGCCCGAUGGCUCCCGGCAGAGUAUGAGGAUGGAGUGUCUCUUCCCAAAGGAUUCACCGAAGGAAAACUUUACAAUGGAUUUCCGCUCCCACUGGUUCGAAAAGUGUCAAAUGAAAUCAUUCACACAGCCAAUGAGAAUGUCACCCAAGACCAGCAGCGCUCUGUCAUCUUCGUGCAUUGGGGUCAGUGGAUUGACCACGAUUUGGACUUAGCCCCUUUCACUACUACAAAAAUCGACAAUAAAGAAGUUCAGUGUGAGACCAGUUGCACCUCUGAGCUACCUUGCUUCCCAAUUAAGUUUCCCCCUGAUGAUCCACGAAUUAAGGACCCAAAUACUUGUAUGCCAUUCGUCCGUACAGCUCCAGUGUGCAAUGCCAAAACAUUUAUACAUGAGCAGAUCAAUGCGCUCACCUCCUUCAUGGAUGCCAGCAUGGUGUACGGCAGUGAAGUACCUCUAGCUAAGAGUCUUAGGAAUCAGACAAACCAGCUGGGUUUAAUGGCUCUGAACCAGAACUUUACUGAUGCAGGGCUGGGAUUACUGCCCUUUGANAAGCUCUACCAGGAGGCCCGAAAAAUCAUAGGUGCCAUGACCCAGGUAAUAACAUACAGAGACUACUUGCCACUUCUGCUUGGAGAUGAGACUGAGAAGGAAAUACCAUGCUACACGGGCUAUGAUGAGUCUGUGGAUCCCACCGUGGCAAAUGUAUUCUCCUUGGCUUUUCGGUUUGGUCAUGGUGCAGUACAGCCUUUUGUGACCCGUUUAGAUGAUCAUUUCGAACCUUUGGGUCCAAAUUUCCGGGUCCCUCUUCACCUCACAUUCAGUGCUUCCUGGAGGGUUGUAAUGGAAGGUGGCAUUGACCCGCUUCUCCGUGGUAUGCUGGUUGUCCGUGCGAAACUAAUGAAACAGGAUCAAAUGGUGGUUGAGGAGCUCCAGGAGCGGCUUUUUGAACAGUUACAAGUAAUUGGACUGGAUCUACCAGCCUUAAACCUGCAACGUGGAAGAGAUCAUGGUCUUCCAGGGUAUAACGCCUGGAGGCAAUUCUGUGGGCUCUCACAGCCUCGCAACUUAGCUGAACUCUCUGAAGUGCUGAGAAAUCCUGAGCUGGCCAGGAAGUUCAUGGACCUGUACGGGACACCAGACAAUAUCGACAUCUGGAUUGGGGCUAUGGCGGAGCCGUUUGUUCCCAAUGGCAGAGUGGGACCUCUCCUGGCUUGCAUCAUUGGAUCUCAGUUCAGGAAAUUGCGAGAUGGGGACAGAUUCUGGUGGGAGAAUCCCGGGGUUUUCACUCCACAGCAGCGCCGGGCCCUGAGCAGAAGUUCAUUGUCACGGGUUCUCUGUGAUAACACUCGCAUUAGAGAGGUGCCCAGGGACGCGUUCAAGGUCAACCGCUAUCCUGAGGACUUUGUGAACUGCAGAAUGAUCGACAGUAUUGAGUUGUCACCUUGGAGACAACGCAGUAACUAGGGAGUGGAAGAACAAGCAUCCAGUGACUCCGUCUGAUGGAAGUUGAGAUUUCCCUGGAGGGCUGGAUUGAGGAUGCUGCUGGCAAAGACUCUUCGCUACUUUCAGUCUAACCCACUACUGACACUUGCUGGCUGGAAGGCACGGCCUCGCUCUGUGACUGGCUGGAAGGCACGGCCUACCUGCCGUCAUUUUGCCUGUGUUUGUGUAGAUUUUCUUCCAUUUGGAAAAACUUCCAACGCUGUCAUUAGCUUGCAAGUGGCCAUUGCUAAAAGAACUAGGAUUAGCUGAUAACACUAGCUAAAAACGUCCAGACUGAAUUGAAGCCCACGAGUGCAGAUUUACAAGUUAGUGAUUGUAGGCUGCCUACUGGUGCCUAGUUUUGUGAUUCUUCCAUUUCUUUAUCAUACAGAUCAUUGAUUCUCUUUCUGGUUUCUCUGAAUGGUGAAAGGGCAAGUUGUACACAUUUAAGAUAUUAUCUCAAUAAAGCCGGAUUUAUGCAAAAGUGUAUUCAGGUACCAUCA